AUGGAUGCCGCGUCGUCGCAGGAAUGCACCUUGCAGACAUUAGACCAGUGGGGAUUGGUGGGAGGAAGCAGUUCCCUUCCUGUGGAGACCAAUCCCCCCCAAGCUUUAAGCCCCAGAGCGGAAUCCGCCCCCUGGUUUUCAGAAGACCCUGAUUCAGAGGGGGAGCUGGUGGAUGCCAGCGAGUUAAGUACUGUCCGGAGGGGUCGGCGAGAGUCCUGUAUUGCGGAAAGAGCAAGGGGCACGCCAGUUACCCAACCCCCAUCGCCUCGUGAGGAAGUGGAUGCCUCCACACGUCCGAGGGGGAACUAUCUUGUUUACACAGAGCCUAAAGAGAUGGAUUUCUCAGAGGGUUAUGAUGUGGAGUGGAUGCGAGAUCCGGUGAAUGGUGGAUUCCGUUGCCGAGAGAAACAUCCAAAAAUGGGCCAAUCCAUCCUGAUGGGGCCGAGAGUCAGCCGGAUGGCGUAUGACUACAAAGAUCUGCCGCACCAGCUGCAGGAGGUGACUGUGGGAGACUGCCGCCGAGAAGCGGGCGCGCCCGACGUCCGCCGGAUGGAGAGACAGCGGUCACUCAGUCCGGGUAGAGUCUACUCGCCAGUCAGAGCUCAAGAGGUGUACGUGCCGGUGCGACGGUAUGUGGCAGAGGAAGAGGAGGAGUUUUUUCAGCGACCCAAGCGUGGAUUCGCAACGGCAGCUGAACCGGUACGCCCGGAAGGGCCGGUGCUUGAAAACCCUGCGCCGAGGUAUGAACUUGUUCCAGUGAGGGGAAAUCACCGCCAACAGUCCCCUCCAGGACUGUCUUUGAGUACUCUUAAUUGGAGGGUCUUCCCGAAAUAUCAGCCCCCCACUGACGUUCUGAGUUAUCUGACUCUUUUUGAAGUAACUUGCAAGGACAUGGGAGUUGCUCCAACUAUGUAUAUGGCUGUUCUGCGCCCCCUAGUUUGUGGUGACCUGGCAGAGCUUAUGGGUCACCUCCCCUCAUCUGAACUCAAUGACUAUGAAAGUUUCAAAAAGUUAGUCAUGCAGAGGCAUGGAUUGCACCCCGAGAAUUAUCGAAAGGCUUUUCGAAAAGUAGAGAAGUCGGGGCUCAGUGAUAAUAUUGCAGUUUUCUCAGCAAAAAUGGCUCAAAACUUCGAACUGUGGCUUGCCGCCGAAGGGGUGGGGGACUUUGAAGGAUUCAAACAGCUUAUAUUAAUUGAACAACUGAUGCGUUCCCUGCCCUCAGAAAUUGCUAGUCUGGUUGCAGACCAAAAGCCACGAACUCUAACGGAAGCCACCACCUUUGCUGAGUCUUUUAGGCUUAACCGCUCCCAUUGGACCAACAAGGGACCAAGUAAUGUGUGUAAACCAGCAGUUUCAAUGGGGAAGUCUGCUCCCCCCAUUAAGGAACAAAGCAAAGGUUUCCUGACGUCUGCAAAAGACUCUGUUGUAGUAGGGGAGAACGUACCAAAUUGUCCCCAACCUCUGGACUGUGUUUCUUUUGUAAACAACCGGGGCAUGUAA